UCACACUCAUACCGCUGUCUGAUGGCUGAAUGACAUCAGAGAGAGAAAGAAACACAUAGAGAAAAUAAAAGUAAGAGACAGAGAGAGACAGGCAGAGAACGAGAAGACAUUAAGGCAGUCAAGAGGGCUGAUUUUAACUGGACUCACCAGAGACUUGUGGUCCUGUUUGUCCCAGUGGUGGUGACUCUGCAGGAGCACAGCUGACCGCUUUACCGACCUUCCCUCCUUCUUUCUCUCACCGUGCUGCCUCCUCUUCCCCCUGAAGAGAAUGGACGAGGUCACCAAGGUCACAGAAACCACUCCAGCCGUGCCACCUCUCCUGGAACGGCGGGUUCGCCAGCGGCAGCCCACAGUGUCAGUCCUCAAAUCCAAGCUGAAGCAGGGCAUGACCUGCUCCGUACCCAGAGUCCGAUCCACCCUCACUGGGUUCUUCCCUGUGGUGCGCUGGCUGCCUAAAUACAAGCUCAGAGAGUACAUCUGGGGUGAUGUGAUGUCCGGGAUGAUUGUGGGUAUCAUCUUGGUACCGCAGGCCAUUGCCUACUGCCUGCUGGCAGGAGUGGAGCCCAUCUAUGGCUUAUACACCUCAUUUUACGCCAACAUCAUUUACUUCCUCAUGGGGACAUCCAGACAUGUUUCUGUGGGGAUUUUUAGCCUCAUGAGCCUCAUGGUUGGACAGGUGGUGGAUAGGGAGAUGUUCCUGGCCGGUUUUGACCUCAAUGAAGAUUCAAAAGCAUCAGCUCCUGAUGUGUUUAAUGGCUCCAUGGGCAUUAACCUCACAGCUGGUAAAGUGCACAGUGUGGAGCUCAUGGGCCUGCAGUGUGGGAAGGAGUGUUAUGCCAUCAGUAUCGCUGCUGCUCUUACAUUCCUGGCUGGCAUCUACCAGGUCAUGAUGGCUGUGUUUCGGCUGGGCUUCGUCUCUGUCUACCUUUCGGCCCCCAUGCUUGACGGUUUUGCCACGGGAGCCUCUUUCACCAUCCUAACCGUGCAGGCUAAAUACUUGUUAGGUCUAAAGAUUCCUCGUCACCAGGGCUAUGGCACAGUCAUUGUCACCUGGAUCAACAUCUUCUCCAACAUUCACAAGACCAACCUGUGUGACCUUAUUACUAGUGCCAUCUGUAUCUCCAUAUUAGUGGCAGGAAAAGAAAUCCAGGAGCGCUACAAGGACCGUCUAAAGAUCCCUCUGCCAACUGAGCUGGUAGUAGUGGCAGGAGCCACACUGGCCAGCCAUUUUGGGGAUCUUAACACCCUUUAUGGCUCCAGUGUUUCCGGUCAUAUCCCCACAGGGUUCAUCCCUCCCCAGGUGCCCAGCUCUAGUCUGAUGUCAAAAGUGGCAUUGGAUGCCAUUCCUCUGGCUGUCAUUAGUUUUGCUUUCACAGUGUCGCUGUCUGAGAUGUUUGCUAAGAAAAAUGGCUACACGGUUCGUCCCAACCAGGAGAUGCUGGCCAUUGGCUUCUGUAACAUCAUCCCGUCCUUCUUCCACUGUUUCACCACCAGUGCCGCACUAGCAAAAACCAUGGUGAAGGAUUCAACGGGCUGCCAGACACAGGUAUCGAGUCUGAUCAGCGCCCUGGUUGUUCUUCUCGUCCUCCUCUUCUUUGCACCUUUCUUCUACGCUCUCCAGAAAUGUGUUCUUGCCUGUAUUAUCAUUGUCAGCCUUCGGGGGGCACUGAGGAAGUUCAAGGACGUCCCUUCUAAGUGGCGAAGCAGCCGCAACGAUGCAAUCGUUUGGCUGGUCUCCAUGUCAGCCACAGCUCUGAUAAGCGUGGAACUGGGCCUCCUGGUCGGAAUUGUCUUUUCCAUGAUCUGCAUUAUCUUUAAGACCCAGAACCCUAAGGUCUCUCUGCUGGGCCGGGCCAAUGACUCCGAUCUUUAUGAGGAUAAAGACGAGUACAAGAACCUCAUGCCACCGCCUCGGGUUAAGGUCUUCCGCUUCCAAGCUCCUCUGUACUUCGCUAACAAAGAGUCCUUCCUCAAAUCCCUCUACAAAGCUGUUGGAGUUGAACCUUUCUUGGAGAUGACUAAGAGGAAAAAGGCAGAGAAGAAGGCCAAAGAGAUGUCCUCAAAGCAGGCCAAGGCAAAUGGGGAUCAAAACAAUGGAGAGGUUGUUGUUGGACUUGUUCAAAGAGAACUGGAGUUCCACACAAUAGUUUUAGACUGCUCUGCUAUCCCUUUCAUAGACUCCACAGGUAUGGCCAUGUUCAAAGGGCUGGUCAAGGAAUAUGAAGGAAUAGGGGUGAGCAUUCUCCUCGCAAGCUGUAACACCUCAGUCAUUGAUACCCUGCAGAAGGGACAAUUCUUUGGGAAGAAUGACGAAAACAUGAGCAGCCUACUGUUUCAUACGGUUCACACGGCAGUUCUUUAUGCAAACAGUACAGUAUCUGCAGCUGCAGAGAGCAGGUCAGAAGACUCUGUGGUGUAGAACAGCUGAAGGAAGAAGGGAAUAGAGAAAAUAUUUUUCUGUGCUUCAUUUCUACUCCUUUUCUUUCCUAAGCCUAAAAGUGAUGCUAUGAAACAUCCAGUUUCAGAAGAGUACUCUAUCUAGAAGCCUUGUGUCCUUAAAAACCCAGACCAAAUUAAACCUGAUCUGCCCAACAAGCCUUCUUUAAAGCUGUUUUCCUAGAUUUAAAAGAGAAUUUUCACUGUUGGAGAAAGGGUCAUUUCACAAAACUAGGCCAUCUAUGUAAUGGAAAGCUGCAGAUACACAUUUUUGCAGUUGGACGCAGAGAGAAAAUUAAUGUCAUUCAUACACGUACUCGCUACAUUAGAACAAUAGGAACAAAGCUGAAAAUCUGUGAAGCUGGUCUAUGAAAAAGUAAGGUAAAUAACUCUGAAUAACUUCUUGGCUAAACACAAGUAGAAGUAAGGAAAGAAAAUGAAAGAAGUAAUAGGAAAGAAAUGGAAUACACUCAUGGUUUUGUAUAUCAGAGAGUGUCUGUGGCUUAUUUUUGAAUGUAAAUGUCAGGAAUCACAGACACACCCUAACCCUGACCCUGAUCCAUAGCAUCAGCAAUAUCAAUAAAUGAGGUGUAAUAAAUGUAAACAGAGCAAGCACUGUAAUACAACAUUUAAUCUGUACCUUCUUGUCAGUUUAGUGCUUUGUUUCAGUUGUUUUGGAUGAAUGUUAGUGGUUCUCUGUUCUGUCACUAUAACACUAAAGCUGUUUCAACUUUUUGUAUCACUUCAAGCCUUUGGCAAGUCCAGAAUAGCCCUAAUCUAGGAGUCCAGAGUCCAGACUGUCAGUGGAAUUUCCUGAGGCGCCAACUAUUACCUUGGACCCCAUAAUCAUUUCUAAAAUGUUAGUUAAACUCUUCCUGACUUAACGAACAAGCUUUUGUGCGUGGUGGGAAAGGGAAAGGCGUUACGUGACUCGUGAGGACUACAUGCUUUUUCAGCCUCACACCGAGAGAGCUUUGCCUUCAAACUAGGGCUCAUUACAACAUACUUGUACUCUUGCCCUGUUUUCUGGUCUCCCAAGAGGAACAGUUUUAUGAUCUGUUCUCAUAAAAAUAGGAGGAUUUACACACACCUGAGAUCUCCUCUCAGAUGAUGGAUGGAAUCAAGUCAUCACUGGUGCUUCUGAAAUGUAUAUUUUUGCAGAGUAAACUGAUGGCAGCAGGUGAUGCCUCAUAUCUGGUCAAAAUGCUUCACUGCCACUAGUUUGUUAAAUCAAAUAUUUUGUGAUAUGCGAAAUGAGAGCUGAUUGUCUCUUUGUUAAAUCACUGUACAUGUUGUAUGCUGUCAGUGUGAAGUGUGAACUCUAGAUUAAAACAAUAACAAUUUCAUGUAAAUACUCCAACUUACAUUUGUAAUAAUUCAAAAAGGAUGCAGUUUUACUUUCAUGUGAACACGUUCAUGUCAAAAAGAUGAGCAAGUUCAGAACAUUGUUUUGUAUUUUCAUACACUUAUUUUGUCAUCAAGCAUUUCCAUGUAUUAAUUUAAGUACUUUAAAUCAUAGUAGUGAGAUUACAUUUUAUUUUUUUAGGGGAAGUCUCUUAGACUUUCUUUUUGGACAUAGUGCUGACAUUCUACAUUCAUGUACAAAGACUGCCUUAAAAUUCAAUACUUGAAUUAAACUAUGUUUUUUU